UUUGACUUUUUAAUUUUUGUUUUAAUGUUAUAAUAUCAUCAUCAUCAUCAUCAUCUCGCCCGUUUCAUUCUCUGAAUUGGCAGUUGCGGUCAAGUGUGCCUGAGUGAAGAUGUAUCUGGAGAAUAAGAGCAAUAUUGAGGUGGAGAUGUCUCAAACCGGAGGACAGGGUCACUCCAGCAGGGUAGGCCGCAGACAGUCUGACACUGUGGCUGGGAACUUUGAUGAGCUUCGUCUGCUGGAGGGAUUCUCUGGGAAAAGAGAGACGCAGAAAUUGCAGCAGGCUGCAGCCAUGCCCUCAGGACACUGCAUAAUCUACACUGACGUCCAUCAAGAUGAUAGGCACAGCUUCAGCAUGGUAAACCUCCUCAAAGGCAAAUCCAACCAAGCCAACCACACAGAACGGUCACCCCUUCUCAAGUUCCCCCAAAAUGACAGUAUCACCUACAUGACACUGCAUGAGUCCAGCCUGGGAUCUGGAGAGGAAUCAUGGGAGGCCAGCUCUGCUGAAUUGGAGAGGAGGUGCAGGCUGGGAAGUGAGGUGGCCAGUCUCUCCCACAUCACAUCCAUGGAUAAAUGUGAACAUUACUUCAAACUAUCAUCCCCCAUCAGGUAUUGCUUAAGGACAACAAAAAUCAUCACCAUCUUCAUCAUUGUUGUUCUCUGUUCACUGUUUUUCAGCAUGUAUCCAGACAGGGAAAGCCCCUGGAGGAUGCUAGCAGUCUCAUCCACCGAAAGCUUCUCCAUGAAUCUUACUGAUUUUCGUGACAACUCCCUGCUGAAGCUGCAGGUUGGUGGGCCGUUUUUGGGAGGGAUAGAGGCAGUUCAAGAGGCCCAGGAGUAUAUUCUGAUCCAGGUGGAGCAGACUGAAGAGGCGGGGUCUCACAGGAGAAGAACUCAGCAGGUGCUUUAUAACUGGACUAUACCAUUGCAUUCCCAACGAAGUGAGCAAAUUCUGAGAACAAGGACAUUUGAAAUGGUUAGCAGCGCUCCUAUUCUGAUCAGUGUGCAGGCCUUUCUGUUAGACAGUCAGGUGGUUCCUCUGUCCAUGACUCACCAGUCACUCUAUGUAACCGUGGAAACACAGGUGCUUAUGGCUGGAUUGAUCCUGGCAGGAGUCUAUGUGCUCAUCAUCUUUGAGAUUGUUCACCGCACUCUGGCUGCAAUGUUAGGAUCCCUGGCUGCUCUGGCAGCGCUGGCUUUCAUUGGAGAUAGGCCAAGUCUAAUGACUGUUGUGGAAUGGAUUGACUAUGAAACACUUGCCUUUCUGUUUGGAAUGAUGAUACUGGUGGCAAUAUUCUCUGAGACUGGUUUCUUUGAUUACUGUGCAGUGAAGGCGUAUCAGUUAUCGCGAGGAAGAGUGUGGCCCAUGAUUAUCAUUCUGUGCCUAAUUGCAGCCGUUCUGUCGGCCUUUCUCGAUAACGUAACAACUAUGAUGCUUUUCACCCCUGUUACAAUCAGGUUAUGUGAAGUGCUUAAUUUGGACCCCAGGCAUGUCCUGAUUGCUGAGGUAAUCUUCACCAACAUCGGAGGAGCUGCCACUGCUGUUGGAGAUCCUCCCAAUGUUAUCAUCGUAUCCAACCAGGAUCUGCGUAAAAAAGGGAUUGACUUUGCGGCCUUUACGGGUUACAUGUUCCUGGGAAUCUGUCUGGUGCUGCUGACCUCAUUUCCUUUUUUGAGAAUGCUGUUCUGGAAUAAGAAACUUUACAACAAGGAAUCCAGUGAAAUCGUGGAACUGAAGCAUGAGAUUCUGGUGUGGAGGCAGACAGCCCAUCGCAUUAACCCUGCCAGCCGAGAGGAGACUGCCGUCAAGUGUCUUCUCAUGCAGAAGGUGCUCAAUCUGGAAAGCCUCCUGCGCAAGAAGCUCAAGACCUUCCAGAGGCAAAUAUCUCAGGAAGACAAAAACUGGGAACACAAUAUUCAAGAGCUGCAGAAAAAGCACAGAAUAACUGAUAAAAUCCUCCUGGUCAAGUGUCUGACUGUCCUUGGGGUGGUCAUCUUUAUGUUCUUCCUGAGCUCCUUUGUUCCUGCCAUACAUCUGGAUCUGGGUUGGAUCGCUAUCUUGGGGGCUCUGUGGUUACUGGUGCUGGCUGACAUUCAGGACUUUGAGAUCAUACUUCACAGAGUGGAAUGGGCCACCCUGUUGUUCUUUGCUGCUCUGUUUGUGCUUAUGGAGGCCCUAGCCCAGCUGCAGCUCAUCGACUACAUCGGGGAGCAGACAGCAGUGUUGAUAAAAGCAGUGCCAGAGGAUGAGCGGUUGGCCAUCGCCAUCAUUUUGGUCAUGUGGGUCUCAGCACUGGCCUCCUCUCUUAUAGACAACAUUCCCUUCACUGCCACUAUGAUUCCUGUGCUUAUAAACCUUAGUCAAGAUGCUGAUGUCAACCUACCAGUCAAACCUCUAAUUUUUGCAUUGGCAAUGGGAGCUUGCCUUGGAGGAAAUGGAACACUGAUUGGAGCAUCUGCAAAUGUGGUGUGUGCUGGGAUUGCUGAACAGCAUGGCUAUGGAUUUUCCUUCAUGGAGUUCUUCAGGUUGGGCUUCCCCAUGAUGCUGAUGACCUGCACGAUAGGCAUGUGCUACCUGCUUGCAACUCACAUCGGACUUCGCUGGAACACAUAAACGGUCCCUCUACAUGGGUAAGCUAAAAGACUUUGGGUGUGUCUGCAGUUUGCUUUGUGUGUGUGUGUGUGUGUGUGUGUGUGUGUUUUGAAUGACACAUCUGUUCUUCUUGGAAGGAUCCAUGUAGACCUGGUUCAUCCGGAGGGACUAAGCUUUACAUGCAGGAGAGGUACAGAGACGAUAAACCAUGUGAACAUCUGAUCAUCUGCUGUAUACUUACAGGUGUAUCACACUGCUAUGGUGCUACUGCUGCUUUGUGAUAAUGCUACAAAGUGAGAGGUUUUUGGAAAACCUGUAUAUUUUUGCCAAAAAAUGCAGAAAACCAGAAGAUUCCUUUUUUAAAAUAAAAAAUAUGCUUAUAUUAUUUAUUGAUGCACAGUUUGAAUUAUGACCUUUUCAUUUUUGAGGCAUCUGCUGAAAGGGAUCUUCUGUGGCCCACAAUUGUUGAAAUGUUGGACGGUUUAGAAUUCUAAAAAUGAUAUAAUUUACAUAAUUUACCAUAUUCAGAUAAUCUAUAUAGUUAUCCAUUCAUUUCAUGUUGAAAAUUUUGACC